UCCUCCUUUCUCUAUCACUCACUCGUCUCUCACAAUUAUUCUCAUUUGGCUUCUUUUGCAGCAUUUGCUUGAAAUAAGUGGAAAUGUCGAACAAGGGCAAGAAGAGGGAGGAGGAAGGCGCGCUCUCCGAAGGCGACGAGCCUCCAAAGAAGAUUUCCAAGCCCGACAAUGAUUUAGAUGACCCUGAUCAAAUCGUAGUAUGUGAGUUGUCGAAGAAUCGGAAAGUGUCGGUGAGGAACUGGCAGGGAAAGGUUGUGGUGGACAUCAGGGAAUUCUAUUCUAAAGACGGCAAGGAAUUUCCUGGCAAGAAAGGUAUCUCAUUGUCCAUGGAGCAGUGGAAAAUUCUUAGAGAUCACGUCGAUGAAAUUAACCAGGAGAUUGAGAAUACAUAACGGUGUCUAUGGAUCUGUGUGUUUAGGAACGAGCCUUUGAUUUGUAUGGUAACUAUCUGUAGAAUGUUUUCAGUAUUAUUCUCGAAUACAAUGUACUGACUGCUUGAUGAUUGGUGCGA